AUGGCACCCGCGCCCGAUUCUAUCACUCGGAUGCUUCCACAUGAUUACAAGGAAUCCCGGAAAAUCGAGAAUAUCAGGAAUGUAUGGUAUCCGCUUCUUUACCAAGAAAUGAGCAGGCACUGGGACUUGAUCAAAGAAGGGAUUAAAGGCUUCACACGGGCCCGAGACGAAAUGCGCAGUGCCUUGGUCAAUUACGAGAGAGACGAGACAGCGGACUCGAUUGUGCACGAUUUCUUGGACAACACGUUCCCGGGGGCACUUGAAUUGAUCAAACAGAUCGAUCCAUAUGUGAACCAGUUCCCUAGCCGCGUCGCGCAGGAGGCAGUUAUGAUCUGCGAUGAUGAUGAUGACAUCCGAUCGGUCACGAUGGACAUAGAGCCCGGUCCUUCGAACUACCGCCAUGGAGAAUCAUCGAUGGGUCCUCCGCCUCGGCCGGCGGCUCCCCUGACGCCAGUGACUCCAGCUGGGCUCAGGGACACCGGGCACCAGAGUACUAAUAGUUCAUCAGCUAUCUGGAAUCAUCCAGGUUCCCCGUCUCCUGAUCCAGCUCAUGGCCACCUGAGCCUUCUGCAGACCGCGAAACGGUCGCUGGAUGUUAUGGAAGUUGAAUCCCCGCAAAGUCCAGGAUCGCCUACCAAGAAAGCCAAAAGUGCGGCCGCGCCACAAGCUACUAAAGUGACAAAGGACAUAGAGCUCUGGGAGAUCGAAGGAAAGCAAUAUAUCUUCAAAGACAAGCGAUGCGGCCCCGGCUGGUUUGUGGUACGUUGUGACCCGCUCGACCAGAGAACACAGUUCGAAGAGCAUCCUCUGGAGAGCAAUAUGGCAAUGAAGCACUUCAAUGAAGUGGCUUGUGAUGAUCAUGACAGAACCAAGAAGUACACUCUGGACGAUAUCAUUCGAGACUUCACAUAUCGUGUCAACGACGAUGACGAGUUGACCGAGGAAAAAGUCAAAAGUGCCAAUGAAAGGCUUCAGCGGGAGAAGAAAGCGCAGCAAGGUUCGGCCAAAAAGCCGCGGAAAGGCAAAGAGCGGGCUGCCCCGGUCCGUUUCGGUGCCGCAAACAGGAGGCAGGGGACCGCAGACACUGAUGAGAGUUAUCAGAAUAAAAUGAUACAAGAGGUCAUCACUGAGUUCUUAGCUGAGGCUUAG